AUGGGUCAAGGGGGUAAUGGGGCAAGUUCUUACUAUCAUAGGCAGCCACCCGAUCCCAAAGUGGGUUUAGAAAAUCAAUCCAAUAAGGAAGCUAGUAGAACCCAGCCUCAUGAACAAGAUAUGGAGUUUGGCUUUAAGGACAGUACAUUGCCAAUGUCUUUUGAAAGUCUUGAAAGGAAGUUCUCUGAUGAAGUAAUGAAAUUGGCAAAGGAGCAAAGUGAUUCAGAGGAUGCAGAAAAUGCUAGGCAUAGGGAGGAGGAACUUUCUGCACUUCUUCAACAAGCCAAUAAAAGAGAAGAGUUCCUUCGCAAGGAAUCACAAGCACGAUUAAGUCAGUACCAGCAAGCAAGCAUGAGCCACUACCCUAGUUCUGGCUUCGGAUUUGGUUCAUCUCCAACUGGUAAUGAUGACCAAAUGACAACUUCUAAUGCUGUUACGAGCAGCAGUUCAUCUCCAACUGGUAAUAAUGACCAAAUGAGCAUGAAGGACAGAACGGCAGAGCACACAGUUCAGGCAACCACGCCUUCAGAUCCUGUGUUUACCCAACAACCAGCCAACCUGGCCCUAUUUUUGUUUUUUCAAAUCCAUCGGAAGGGAAUCAACUUGCUUCUUCGGGUCCAUCAGGUGCAAAUCCCUUUCAAUUUGGAAGCCAAUCAAAUCUGGCUGCACCACAGAAGCCAGCUUUUCAGGCUUCUGGUAGUCUGGAGUUCAAUGCUGGAGGAAGCUUUUCAUUGGAUGCAGGUGGUGGUGACAAGUCUGGCAGAAAAAUUGUCAGAGUCAAAAAACCACCACGGCGCAAGCGGUGAAGGCACCACAGGACUGAAGAUUGGUUUUGUUGUGCGAGUUCCUGGUUAUUUGUGGGGGACAGUCCAUGAUUUGCGUUUUCCAAGGUCACCCACCGAUUGUUCGGUGAUACGAAGGUAA